CGUGGCUCUGCUCUACAUCCCGAAUCGUUCCGUUCCGUUUCGAUACGAUACGAUCCAAUCCGAUUCGACUCGAUUUGACCCGUUGCGUUGCGUUUCGAGCCGAACUUAGUAGAAGUUAAGUAGCUCGGAGAUCGAAAUUGAAUCUAAUCGCAGUGUCCUGUGCGUAGCUUUCUCGAAGCGAGUUGAUCUAAGAGCCCCCAAGGAUAACCCACACGAAUUAUAAUCGAACCAUCAAGGAUCGCAAGCUUGUGAAUUCUUUUUUGAAAAGUGCAAAUGGUGUGUUACUGAACAAGGAUUCUACAAAGUUCGUGAAUCCUUUCAAACGAAAACCAGUUAUCGCGCGUGCAGAGUUCUAAAAGUGAAAAUAUGAAGUUCCACUUGUUGGCCCUGAUGGGCAUGCUCAUAGUGGCUGCGGCGGAUCCCUCGCCCACUUUGGCCCCGCCCAUCGUGCCCUGUAUUCACGCACCCCCGGCAGGAUACUCGUAUCCUCCGCCGGCGGAGGUGAAGUUCUCCAUCUCGCCCGGCGUGACCAAGUACAGCCAGAGCCCGGCGAUUUCCACGUACUCGGAGAACGGACACCUGCUGCACACCUCGGUGGGCAGUUCCGGGGCCUCCUACCAGUCGACUGCCGGGAUCGAGGGACUGUCCCACGGGGGCCUCACCCAGAUCGAGAAGUACGUUGCUCCGGUGCAGAAGACCCUGUUUACCCCGUCGGCGGAGUACGGAGGAGCGGGGAUCACCUACGCGGACAAGUCACCAGCCGCCAAGUACGCAACGGUGGUUCCAUCCGGAAUCGAGGUGAAGAACGUGGUUUCCCCCGCGAUCACCAAGCUGGACAACUCCUACCUGCCACCAGCGCCUGGAAUCACGAAAGUGGCCACGUACACCUCGCCAGGAUACAGCUACAGCUCGGCCACCCCGGGGAUAUCCAAGGUUGCCACGUACUCCUCCCCAGCUCUUUCGAGUGCACCCUACUACGCGCCACCAGUGACUUCCAAGGUGGAGACCUAUAGCUCACCGGGAUACACGUACUCCAAGGCCACUCCUGGUUACUCUAAAGUGGAGACCUACAGCUCCCCCGCCUACAGCUAUGGCCAGAUCUCCCCCGGUCUCUCCAAGAUUGCCACCUACUCGCCAUCGGUUUCGUACUCAGCGCCAGCGAUUGCUAAGGUGUCCACCUACUCCGCCCCCGCCGUCAAGUUGGCCACCACCUCCUCUCUGCUCUCCUCCCACGGAACGGGAUACUCCGCCAGCUACGCGCCCUCGAUAACCAAGUACAGCCAGGCGGCAGAGGUGUCCCACCAGUACAUCUCCAAGCCCAUCGUGGCCGCCUAUCCAGCUGCUGCUCCGGCGAUCACUAAGGUGGCUGCCGGCUACGGAGGCACUGCGUCCGGAGCGCUCUCCCACCAGUACGUCUCCCAACCGGCGCUGGUUGCAGCUCCAGCCGUCGCCAAGGUGGCCAGUUACGCCGCUCCUGCGGUGGCCACCUACUCCUCAGCUCCGGCCAUCACAAAGCUCUCCACCAGCUACGGAGCAUCGGGAUCGGGUGCAGUUUCACACCAGUAUGUCUCCAAGCCAGCGGUGGCCAUCUCGUCAGCUCCUGCAAUCGCAAAGGUGGCAACGUACGCUGCUCCUGCCAUUUCAACAUACGCCACUGCUCCUGCCAUCUCCAAGGUUGCCACCUAUGCAGCUCCUGCCAUUUCAACCUACUCCACUGGUCCCUCCAUCUCCAAAGUAGCCUCCUACUCCUCAGGACAUGGUUACGGAGCAAGUGGAUCGGGAGCCGUGUCCCACCAGUAUGUUUCUAAGCCUGCAGUGGCAAUUUCAGUAGCUCCUGCAGUUGCCAAGGUUGCCACCUACUCCACCCCUGCCAUCUCCACCUACUCCGCAGCUCCGGUGGUGGCCAAGGUGGCCACUGGCUACGGAGGAAGUGGCUCGGGAUAUAGUUCUGGAGCUGUUUCCCACCAGUAUGUGUCCAAGCCAGCGGUGGCCAUUGCAGCUGCUCCCGCCAUUGCCAAGGUGGCAACCUAUGCUGCUCCCGCCAUCUCCAGCUAUUCAGCAGCUCCCGCUCUGACCAAGAUCGCUACGAGCUAUGGAGGAUCAGGCCAUGGAGGGGCCGUCUCGCAUCAGUACGUAUCCAAGCCGGCUGUGGCCAUUUCGGCAGCUCCAGCAAUCGCCAAGGUUGCCACCUAUUCUGCUCCUGCCAUCUCCACCUAUGCCACGGCUCCUGCAAUCGCCAAAGUGGCAACCUACGCGGCUCCAGCCGUGGCCACCUACUCCUCCGCUCCCACUCUCACCAAGGUUGCCUACAGCCAGGCGGCGGAUGUGUCCCACCAGUACGUCUCCAAGCCCAUAGUGGCCGCCUAUCCGGCAGCUGCCCCAGCGGUGGCCACCUACUCCUCCGCUCCGGCCAUCACCAAGCUCUCCACCAGCUACGGAGCCUCGGGAUCUGGAGCUGUCUCCCAUCAGUACGUGUCCAAGCCAGCGGUAGCCAUCUCGGCAGCUCCAGCAAUAGCCAAGGUUGCCACCUAUGCUGCUCCUGCCAUCUCAACAUAUGCCACGGCUCCCGCAAUCUCCAAGGUGGCAACUUAUGCUGCUCCUGUCGUGUCCACCUACUCCGCAGCUCCUGUGGUUGCCAAAGUAGCCACAGGAUACGGAGGAAGUGGCUCGGGAUACAGCUCCGGAGCUGUUUCCCAUCAGUACGUGUCCAAGCCAGCGGUGGCUAUCGCUGCUGCUCCUGCAAUCGCUAAAGUAGCCACCUAUGCUGCUCCUGCCAUCUCCACCUAUUCUUCGGCACCCACUCUCACCAAGAUUGCCACCGGCUACGGAGGAUCAGGCCAUGGAGGAGCCGUCUCCCAUCAGUACAUCUCGAAACCCGCGAUCGCCGUGGCUCCAGUGGCUCCUGUGCUCUCCAAGACCUACCUGCCUGCUGCGCCGGCCAUCGCCUUGCCCGCCAAGGUGGCCACCUAUGCAGCUCCUGCCAUUUCGACCUACUCCACUGGUCCCUCCAUCUCCAAAGUAGCCUCCUACUCCUCAGGACAUGGUUACGGAGCAAGUGGCUCGGGAGCCGUCUCCCAUCAGUACGUUUCCAAGCCAGCGCUGGCCUCCAUCGCAGCAGUUCCUGCCGUCGCCAAAAUCGCCACCAUUGCUGCCCCAACCAUCUCCAGCUACUCCACAGGUCCUGCCAUCUCGAAGGUGGCCUCCUAUGCGGCUCCUGUCAUUUCCAGUGGCCACGGAUACGGAGGCAGUGCAUCCGGAUACAGCUCCGGAGCCGUCUCCCAUCAGUACGUGUCCAAGCCAGCGGUGGCUAUUUCGGCUGCCCCCGCCAUUGCCAAGGUGGCCACCUAUGCUGCUCCAGCUGUGAGUCACAUUUCCGGCGGACAUGCCAUCGCCGCCGCUCCCCUUUUAACUGCUAAAGUGGCCGCGGGAUACGGAGGCAGUGGAUCCGGAUACAGUUCGGGCGCUGUGUCCCAUCAGUAUGUCUCCAAGCCAGCGGUGGCCAUUUCAGCUGGUCCUGCCAUCGCCAAGGUGGCCUCGCCAAUCGGACUGGGAUUGGGAGUGGGACUCGGAUACGGGGCCAGUGGACAUGGACACGGCGGAGCCUUACUUGGAGCUCCUCUGACCAAGUUGACGACUGCUCCAGCUUAUUCCCUGGGAGGAAAGCUGGCCAGCAGCACAUCCUACGGAAUCCACGCGGGUAACUUGGGACAUGGAUUAGCGGGUCACGGUGAUGGCUACUAUGGAGCCAUCUCCUUAGGGCAUGGAGCUGUAUCUCCGGCCCUUUCAUACCAUGGACUGCUCUCCCACGGAUCUGGUCUGGGCCCCGCCUCCUCCCCCUCUUUGGCCCAUCUGGACUCCUCCCUGAGCGGAUACUCGCACGGAGUGGGUGGAAUCGGCCCACUGGGAGCGGGAUUCUACCGCUAUGCCCCAAGUGUGCCAGUGCUAAGCAGCCACGCCCCCGUGGCAGCCACCGCAUACCUAAAGUCGGCCCCGGUGGCUCAGCACGCAGUGCUGAAGGUGGUGCCCGAGAAGCACCUGGAGCACUUCGAUGCCCAUCCCCGCUAUGCCUUCGAGUACGCCGUAAACGAUCCCCACACGGGUGACAACAAGCACCAGAAGGAGGAGCGCGACGGGGAUGUGGUCAAGGGGGAGUACUCCUUGGUGGAGCCAGACGGCAAUGUGCGCACGGUGAAGUACUACGCCGACUGGGAGACGGGCUUCCAUGCCGAGGUCAUCAACAGUCGCGAUCAGGGCAAAAUUGUGGCCAAGCGCCAGACGGAAGCCAAGUCGUGAGCUCUUCACAGGUCGCAAAUUGUUCUGUUCGUUCAGCAACUGUAAAUAGCCUCAAAUCCAAUCUUCUUCUCAUUAAACAUUAAACGUAUUUAUGUAAACCCACAACGACAACGAUGCACCACAACAACGAUGCCAUACGGCCGCCAUCUUGCCACGAUAUACCCAAUAUCCGACUAUAUAUUCGCCCCCAAACCGCCCACUCUGGUUCCCCGAUUCUGUGCUCAUGUGAUAAGCGUUACGUUUUAUUGAACUGCUUGCGCCGCUCUCAUCUCAAACCGCGCGCCUCUAUUUCGCCCAACUACUUGUACAUAAAGAAAUGUAUAUUGAUAUUUUGUAAAAUGUUAAUUUCAAAUAAACGAAUUUUAAGAACGCCACGGUCGGGGGUGCUCGACAAUGAGA